GUUUUUCGCCAAAUAUGCCCGGAAGUAAGAUAAUCCGUUCCGUUCACUUUGUUUUGUUUACCACAUUUCCUCCGCUUUCCAAUUUGUAAUUAAGCACAUACAGCACUGUUGGGACAUUACUAUAAGAUUAUGACUUUAGAAUGGAUCCGAAAAUACAAGAAUUGUUAGCCGAACUCGAGCGAGAAAGAGCUGAACGUGAGCGAGAAAGAGCUGAACGUGAGCGAGAAAGAGCUGAACGUGAGCGAGAAAGAGCUGAACUUGAUCAAGAAAGACAAUGGCGUCAAGAUGCGGAAGCUGAGGCGAGAAGCGAAAGAAGACGGCGUGAAGAAGAGCAACAACGACGUGAAGAAGCAGAAACUUUGGCUGCGAGCUCAGAGUCAUCAACACUGCCUCUCUUUUUACAUGCUUGCCAUGAAUUGUUAGUCGCGAUCAAGAUCGUGACUGACCCUACUCAAACAACUCAAGGCGUGGUAACGAGACCAACAAAUCGGAGGGUUCCAACUCACAUCACGUUGUGGGACACAUUCAAUGAGGAGCAAAUGAAGGUGUGGCACAAGCUCAAUCAGCAUCCUCAUUUCUUGACAGAAAAGCUCUUCCCCUCUCUACAUCAGCUUGACUACGUCCGCCAACUUAUCAGCCCAAUUUCCUCGGAAUGGGAUCUUCGGUACUAUGAACGGGAAACGGUAGAAAAUCAAGUGCGGGCCAUAAUAGACCGAAUAUAUGAGAAUGACGAGCUUAAGAGAGCAUUCGGCUUGCGCGGAUCGAUUACCUUUGACAGCCAUCUUAACCUUGGGCUUUCAGUGCGGGCGGCUGAUUUGAACCCGGGUGAUCAGCAGUCAUCUAUUGAAUCCAUGGUUGGGACUGAAUCAAGUACUGGAAAGAGAAUGGGCAAGAAGAAUAAAGCAAAGAAAAAGGAGACCACAAUGGUCACAGGAGGACAGGCAGAUCGAUUCUGCAUCUAUCGCCAGGAUGGUGAUGAGCACAUCCCGGCGCUCGCUAUUGAGUACAAGGCACCCCACAAGCUCACUCGGAAUGAAAUUGUGAGAGGGCUGGCUCAGGACAUUCAUCCUUCCAAAGAAGUAAUUGGUAAGGACUCAGAUGAUCCUGAUUUCUACUCAAAGCGGUUAGUCGCUGCUGUCAUCACACAGUUGUUCUCCUACAUGGUUGCCAAGGGAGUCCGGUACGGCUAUGUGUGCACUGGAGAAGCCUUUAUCUUUCUACACAUUCUUGAUGAUCCGUCAUCUGUCAUGUGUUCUGUCUGUACUCCCAGCCAAGAUGUUCAAGAAAUCAACGAUGACAGUCUCCAUUUAACUGCCGUCGCUCAGGUACUAUCAUUUACCUUAAGAGCUCUAGUGUCCCCUCCUGUCCUGCAAGAAUGGUAUGAUGCUGUCACAGAACUUGGCAUCUGGCCGGUUGAAUACUCGGAUAUCCUGGAGCAAACACCUCCAACUGCUCGGCAGAAGAAUGUCUCACCUCUGUAUCGGGGCCGACGCCCUACCAAGCUUUCUCCUUUUCAGAUGACAUUACGACCCAGAUGCCGGCCACACACAGAUAUUGUACCUCGAUCGAGAAGCCCUUCCCCCUCAAUAUCUCCAUCUCCAUCUCCAUUGUCACCAUCCACACGUCAUGGACGAACUGUAAACGCUCAAGCCCGCUCUAACCCAGAUCAAAAAUCUGGUAAGAAAGGGCAAUCCAACAAAGACAGUGAUGUGAAUUGGAUAGAUCAUGCUGCUGAAUCACCAAAGAUCAAAAGCCAACCUUACUGUUCUCAGCAGUGCUUGCUGGCUCUACGAGACAAUGGUCCGCUUGACACCUCCUGCCCGAACUAUCUAGCUCACCUUAAGCCACAGAUCCAGCCAGCGGAGUUUCGUGCUCUUAUCCAAGAGCAGCUCUCCAGGGACCGUGGCCCGGAUGCCAACUGUCGCCCUCUCUACAAGAAGGGAAGUUGUGGAGCAGCUUUUAAAAUCCGUCUUUCAUCGCAUGGCUACACUCUACUCGCAAAGGGCGUCGAACGCAACAAUUCACAUAAACUUGAACAUGAAAAUGAAGUAUACCAUAGGCUUCACAAUAUUCAAGGAAACUAUGUUCCUGUUUGUCUCGGAAUUGUCGUGCUUGACCCAAAAUACCCAUAUUACUAUGACGAGGGAGUUUAUACUCAUAUGCUCCUUUUGAGCUGGGCGGGAAAGCCCAUCUUGGAAAUUAUGAAAUUGGAUAAUUCAGCAUGCGUGAUUGAGAUGACAUCACAGUCUCUUCAAGCAAUUCACCUUGCAGGUGUACUGCACCGUGAUGUCGAGCCACGAAAUAUUUUAUGGAAUGAGGACUGCAAUCGCCCUAUGCUUGUAGAUUUUGAACGAGCUGAGAUGCACAAUGCGCUAUCUGCGAUAUCACCGAACCUCAGACUAAAGAGGAAAAGGCUUGGGAAGAACAGAUCUACCUUUUCUAAAGAACUUUCGAAAGCUCAGAGCAGCCUGGAGCGGUGUAGGGAAUUGCUCCGUCAGAAUUCCACCUCAAAGUUCAAGGAAUAGCGCCAUGGAACUCAGUUGGACAACUAUACACGAAGAGCCGAUACGAUAAUGACUAUUGCUGCCAUCACGUGUUCUCGUGCUCUUGCUCAGGCGCUCAUCUCGAAAAGCCUCAAUGUAUGUACUAGAGAAAGAGCCAAGGAUUGAUUGGUCUCAUGAGCUCUAGAUACUUCCUGCGGAAUCCUUGAGAGUAAAUCCUUUCCUUUUUUCCUACAAGUAUUGUUUACUGUUUUGUUUUCUUUUAAAAGAGAUAUAAUGAUAUUCAAUUCUUUUUCUUUUCUUUUCCUUUUUUUUGUAUCUAAGAAUUCAUUAGAUAGCAAAAAAUCAGAUUAUUAUCAAUUCUUCAAGUCUUUUAUAUUGAAAACCUCUGAAAUUCUUACAGCAGCUAGUCUAUAAUGUAAUUCUUGAGAUCUGUGAAGCUUGUAAAGCUUAUAUCAAGUUCUUCUAUAGUUAACUUAAUUUGUUAUUCUGUUUCUAUUUCUGCAGAUAAGAAAUUAGAAAGAGAAGAUUAGAAAAUAGAAGAGAAUUAAAAUAAAGUUCUCUAAUAUACUGAAAGAAUAGUAUAGUGAGAAUAAUAAUAUUUUAAAAGAGUUGAAUAUACAGGAG